AUGUCGGCAGUGCCUCACCUACAAAAGCAGCUGCGGGAGCUGACGACGAGUCCCCCUGCCGGUUUCCGCGUCGAAUCGGAGGACCUCUUCACCUGGACGGUGUGGUUCUCUGGUCCCGAAGGCACCCCGUAUGCGCCGGGAAUAUACAAGGCGGAGCUCCGUUUUCCAAAGGAGUUCCCGAUGGAGCCACCGGUGUUCAAGGUUCUUUCCUCCUUUUGGCACCCCAAUGUUUACACCGACGGCAAGGUGUGCAUCUCCAUUCUUCACCCGCCUGGCGAGGACGAGAUGAAUACGGAGGAGACGGCCAUGAUGCGCUGGACGCCGAUACAAACGAUCCGCUCGGUUUUAUUGUCGGUUGUUUCACUGCUCAGUGACCCUGACCCAAAGGAUGCGGGCGCACCCGCAAAUGUUGGGGCGUUGGUUCAGUACCGCAAAGACCGUGCGGCGUUUAACUCCCUCUGCCAGGAGCUAGCCCAGAAGUCGCUGUCAGAGCUUCCACCGAAUUUUGUUCCGCCUCAGCACGAAGAUCGUGCGGAGUGUCCUGUGAACUACAUCGCCGCCGUGGAAAUGGACUACGAGGAUGAGUCUGAUACAGAGGCGCGUACUGUCUCGAACUGCUUUGGCGACGAACUGCGCCAGCUUCGGGAGAUGGGCGUUGCGCCAGAGAAGUCAGACAGUGAACUGCUCGGGCUGCUUGCGGAAGUGAAGGGCGACGUGGCUACACUGAUGGAACGGUUAAUGUGA